GAGCUUCACGCAGGUGCUGGAGCUGUCGGCAGAGGCCAGCAAGGAGGCGGCACUGGCCAGCCAGGAGGCCUGGGAGGACGCACAGGGCGCUGAGACCGCCGGCCACUGGUACUUCAGUCCCGACACAAGUGCUGCGGGGACCCCGGGGGACAGCUGAGCCCGGACCCCUUCAGGGCAUGCACUGUCUGCCCCCGGCGUGGAGGCCCUGGCUGCCCGCAGGGGACCUGUGUGGGGACGCCGGAGAGGACUUCGCCACUUAGCAGCUCGGCUGUUUCUGUCUCAUGUUUAAAAAAGGAACUUGUGCUCAGA